AUGAUAUUGUGGCUGAUUUUGUCGGUUUUAUCAGUAUUCAUACCUACAGUUAUCAAUGCAAGUAGUGCCGUCGGGUACGUGGGACCGGCUUGUGUAGUCGUUGUAAGUUAUUGUGGUAUAAAGUAUUAUUAAUAUAAUGACUUAAAUCUCUAUCAUAACAUUAUAUGUCAUACAGUAGUAUAACAUAAAAGUAAAAACAGACAAUAUACAGUAGUUUAGGAUGAUGUACUGUACCUACAUGGAGCGUUCUCACGCCGCUUACUUCCUGAAGAAGUUCUGUCGUUUAAAAAGUACCAGAAUACAGUAAGCUUACUGAAACAGCUCAAAGAAGCCGUCUCUAAAGGGUAAGUUAGGUUUAUUUAUUCUACUUUUAAAUAUUUUAAAAAAUUUAAAAAAAAAUACUUUAGAGCAACAUUAUUGAAUAAUGGCAGUAUCAGCCUUCCUACGCCAAUCAUCCCUGCCUUCUGUGAAGGUUUCGGCGAUGAUGUUGAAGUAGUCUUGGAUGGAUGUAUUGUUAGAGUAAGUUUUAACGUUGUAGAAGAUUAUUCAAAUUAGCUAAUUUUAAUUAAAAUGACAAUUAAAACGUAUUUUAGCAAAACUACGCAUUCGUAGACAACAGAAUGGCACGUCCCUUGAACACCAUAGAACGUCAGAAAGUGCUACUGGUCCAAGAUUCUUUUGCCAAACAAAGUUACCGUGCCAAACGUGACUCUACUAACGAGACGACAGAAACCACUACGGCUACACCGUCAACAGAAGCCGUAACAACAGAGGAUACGACGGCUACAACUACUACAAUGUCCCCAAUAUCAGACGAGCUGAAGGAGUUACUGAGUAAAUAUUUGAAUAUUAACAACAAUGUAACCGAACGCUUUUUGCCUGUCGCUCAAUACUCUCCGGUCGUUAACCACUUGUUGAACCGACCGCAACUAAAGCAUUUGGUUUUGAAUGACGAUGUACAAGGUAUUGUUUGUAACCUCUGUACAACGUUUAUCGUAAAAUUGUAUGAUUUGAUAACAAUUUUAAAUGACAAAUUAUAUUUACUUUUAGAAAUAGUAGCUUGUUGUACAGAGGUUGCAAAAUGAAUUUUGCUAUAUGUCUUCUGUUUCAGAUGAAUUCCAGAAACAGAAGAUUCGAGAGUUCAUCCAAGAUCACAUCAUGAAAUACCAGUCAAGGAGCCUUCUGACUACAACCAUAACACCAACCACGACUACCGAGAUCCCACACUUGAUGUUGCCUAACACAGACGAAAGUAAUACUUAACAUAAUUCAUAGUAAUGUAAAUACUCUGAUCAAAACAUAAAACCAUGUACUAAAGCAAGACACAAUAACUUUAUAUUAUCAAAACUUACAGUGCCCCAGUCUAGUAACCCAUACCUAAACCAGUUACUCCAACGAAUGAACUACAACCGCCAAAUGGAGUUGUACCAACAACAACUUCAACAACAGUCCAUGCUAACACCAACCAAACCCACAAGGUACCCAGGAGCAGUACCAAUGAAACCAGGCGACACUCUUGAGAUCGGGGACCAAACCUAUAUUGCAGUACCACUAUCGACCAGUAAUGGCGAAACAGUGGGACUGGUACCUCUAGUACGGUCUAGUACUCACACAGUGACCAUGCUGCCUCCGAUGAGGCCCUGGAUGAGGAGUAACACUGUCGCUCCUGAACAGGUACGAUAUCAUCCAGGAAAGCGACGAUCACAGUACCUUCAAGUGCCAACGCACGUUAACGGAACACCACUGCCUCACGAAAUCUGCCGCACACCCAUCGACUCCUCCAAUUGA